CACACGCACACGCACACGCACACACGCACACCUCUCCUGCAGCAGGUAGAGGUGUUGGCAGCACUGAAAACGCCGGGAGUCACGCUUUAACAACAGCCACAAGUGCGACGUGAAGAAGAGGAGGAAACAACCGAGCUGGGAGCUGAUUCUGAUGAAGAGGAGCAAAGUUUGCUGCUGCAGAUGACCGGAGACAUGAGACUGUCUUCAGGUUUCCUUCUUGCUCUUCGGCACUCUGUCAUUUGAUCUGUCCUCUGCCCUCCGAGCUCCCGAGGUGAACAUGGGGUCUUAUCUGUCAAAAUCUGAUGGAACAGGAUCAUCUUCUCAGCCAUUUCCUGAUGAAUUUACCAGAAGGAUCGUGAUUUUGGGAAAGACUGGAGCAGGGAAGAGCAGCCUCAUCAACACCUUUUUUGGAAAGAAAGUGUGCGAACCAGACCAUUCUCCCACGUCAGGAACGAGUCAAUGUCAAGCAGCGUCAGGAACAGUUGACGGGAAAAACGUAACCUUCAUUGAUACUCCGGGUUUUUUUGACACAAGRUGUGAGAAGGAGAUGAAGGCUGAGAUCGUGAAGUGCGUCAUAGAGUGYGCGCCGGGUCCUCAUGUUUUUAUCAUCGUGCUCAGGGUGGACAAAUUCACAGAGCAGGAGAGGGAAGUCAUAAAGAAGAUGACCGAUUAUUUCUCAGAUGAAGCGCUGACGUUCACCACCGUGCUCUUCACUCAUGGCGAUCAGCUGGCUGACGGAACAGAGAUUGAGCAGUUUGUCAGUCAAAGCAAAGAACUGAGUCAUAUAGUCAAGAAGUGUGGUAAUCGCUGCAACGUCAUUGAUAAUAAAUACUGGAAGAAGAGCCAGGAUGUGUACAGGAACAACGAGGUCCAGAUGAAAAAGCUGCUCGACACCAUGGACAAGAUUAUCGAGGCAAACAAUAAAAGUUACUACUCCCAYGAGAUGCUACAGAAGGUGACCAGAGAUUUAGAACAAGAGCAACAUCGUAUAAAGCAAGAAAACCCCAACCUUUCACCACACGAGGUCAAACAGAAGGCAAAAACUGUUGUCCAAGAAAGGUUCUUGACUUAUGUUUUGAGGACCAGCUCCAAGGUCUUGUUAAGAGUUUUCCUGGGGGAGGAUGUGUUGAAGCAAGAGCCAGUGUUAGCCGCAGGAGUAGCAUUGACAAAAAUAGUGGUAGCAGCCGCAACAGGAGGAGUGGGUGCAGCUGAAAACACAGAGGCAGAGACACCGGGGUUGUGUAGUACGGCUGCAUCUGCAGAGACAAGGCCGGCCACGUUUAGGAUUCUCCUGCUGGGAAAAAGUGGAAAUGGGAAGAGCAGCUUGGCGAACACCAUUUUUGGAGAGACCCUGUUUAAAGUGAAAAACUUCAAUGACUUGAACACUUUUGUUUCGGAAGCAAAAACUAAAUUCGUUAACAGAAGAAGCAUCACUUUGAUUGACACUCCUGGUUUCUUUGACCAAGGCAGAACGAAGGGCGAGGUAAAGUCAGAGUUAAUGAGGUGUUUCAUAGAGUGCGCUCCUGGGCCCCACGUCUUUCUGAUUGUUCUCAAAGUGGAGAAGUACACGGAGCAGGAGCAGGCCGUCACCAGUGAAAUACUGCAGUAUUUCUCAGAGGAUGUCCUGAAGUAUGCUGUAGUGGUCUUCACUCACGGUGACCAACUCCAAGAGGGCAUGAAAAUAGGGGAGUAUGUCAGUCAAAGUGAAGCCCUGAGGGGUUUGGUGGAGAAGUGUGGCAGUCGCUGCCAUGUUUUCGAUUGUAAAUACUGGAAUAAGAACAGUGAGCAGGAGAACGACUACAGGAGCAACCAGUUCCAGGUGGGCGAGCUGCUUCUUACCAUCGACAAGAUGCUGAUGGAAAACACCGGAGGAUUCUACACCAAUGCGCUGCUUGAAGAGGUGGAGAGAGAAAUACAAGAGGAGGCACAGCGUUUAAAACUGUCAUCUAACAACACGUCAGAGGAGGAAAUCAGACAGCUAGCUAAAACCAACAUCCUAAAGAAGCAGAUGAAAGGAACUGCACUGUGGAUAAAAAGUUCAGYUGGGGUGCUCAUGGGUUUACUUGCAGUUUGGUUUAUCAGUUCUAGAGUCAGACAGACAUCAAGAGUGGAUGCAUCUGUAGCGACAGCUGGAGAAGCAGUAGUUCCUUCAAUAGUGAAAGCAUCUGAACCAAUAGCUUCAUCAGCAGUGGAAGCAGGAAAAAAAGUGGGUCAGAGUGCAUCGCUGGCRUUCAGUGGGAUUUUUCAGGCAGCUAGAGAAGGACCAUGGGUCUUGCAUAAGGCUUUUACCUCCUUUUAUSACAGUACAUAUGAUCUUUAUUGUUCAUUUGUAUGAACACAAAUGUGGUGAAAACCAAUUGGUAUUAUUAAUWUGUAAAUACUUGACAAAUUUCAGCUUUUUGUUUUUCAUAGACUCAAAUUUAAAAGGUUUGUAAAAUUUCAGAAUGCUUUUAUUUUWUUAACAUAUUGCUAUGCAACAUGUUGAAACUCCUGUGUAAAACUGCUGUAUAUAAACUAAAAUAAAAUAAAAUAAAAGCAUUCUGAAAUUUCAAAGGAGCUGUAUGAUACAAUGUAUGACUUUGUAUGUGUGUUGUGGAACAAUAAAUCUGGUUUUUUUCACGCCUUCACAGUUUAAGCCACAAUGUUACCUUUGAUUUUUAG